UCCUUAACUUCGAGUUCUGAAGGAGGUCGGAGGACAGUUUUCGAAGCUUCUGUAUGCUGUGAUGACCGUUCCGAUCUCCUACCAGAGCUCAUCGAGACUCUUCGAACUCUUCGGAUGAAGACAUUGAGGGCGGAGAUGGCGACACUUGGCGGACGAGUUCGAAAUGUGUUGGUGCUUACUAGGGAGAACGAUGAGGAGUAUGAUGAAGGAGUAGGUGUUGUUUCUGAUGAGGAUGGAGGAGGAUUAAUCAGAGAAGCUCUAAUGAGUGUGGUUAACCGGCCGGUGCCGGCUGUGGACAGAUCAAAAAGGAGGCGCAUUGUGGAUAAUACUGACAUGUAUGUCUAAGUUGCAACCAACUUACAGAAAGCUUCUGCUA